UCAGGCCCCACCCAUAGAAAAACAACCAUUGCCAGGGGGUGUAGCACCAACGCCUAUGGCCCCAGGGGCUGCUCCAGUAGGUCCUGGGGGUUGGGCAGCUGGUCCCCAACAGCCGCCAGACAACUGCCCUCCAGGGCUGCAGUACUUGUCCCAAGUAGAUCAGCUGCUUGUCAAACAGAAGGUGGAAGGCUUUGAAGCGGUGACCGGAAUAGAGACCAAUAACAAGUAUGAGGUGUUGAAUUCUCUUGGUCAGAUUGUUUACAGAGCUCAGGAAGAUACAUGUUGCUGUACUCGAAACUGUUGUGGAUCAAAACGGCCAUUUGACAUAAAGGUCACAGACAAUACUCACAAAGAGGUCAUCCACUUGUCCCGUGGAUUGAGAUGCUCCUCCUGUUGGUGUCCUUGUUGUCUGCAGAAAGUGACUGUUGAAGCUCCACCAGGAAAGGUAAUUGGAUACGUGGCCCAAUCAUGGAGUUGUUGUAAGCCACGCUUUCGUAUUGAGAAUGCUGCGGAAGAAACAGUGCUGAGGAUUGUGGGUCCAUGUUGUACUUGGAACAUGUGUGGGGAUAUUGAGUUUGAUGUUUAUGCUGCAGAUGAGGAGACAUUUGUUGGUCGUGUGACGAAGCAGUGGUCUGGACUUGCUAAAGAAGUGUUUACAGAUGCUGACAACUUUGGAAUUUCUUUCCCCCUGGACCUGGAUGUUAACGUUAAAGCUGUCCUAAUGGGAGCUGUCUUUCUAAUUGAUUUCAUGUUCUUUGAGAAUAACACCAAGAAAGAUGAUAAGGGAAAGAAGACAUUAUCAGGAAGUGCCUAAUUCUUUGGGAGUCAAGGUCAUUGCUCACAUCAUUUGAGGUCGAAGGUCACCUUACUGCAUCAUAUGAUUAAAUGAAGAUGAAAAUAUGUGUAGAAUAAUCUAUUCGUUAUAGUGUUUGUUUCUCAUCGUUUUUUACGAUCCAGUUUUACUAUUGUUCCUGCUUUUUGUAAUAAUAUCCUCAUUAUGAAUACUGUAACCGUACUUAAUUCGGCAAAAUGAAAUUUUGGCACAGAGAUGAAUGGGCUAGUCCAUAAUGAUUGUUAUAACAGCUUACACAGACUGUAAUCACUGCAGCUGUAUUUUAGCGCAGUACUUUCAAUAUGGAAAGUAUUCAAUUAAGAAUAUGUAAAAAUAUGUACUAGUAUGUUUAUAGUAUUAUGCUGUUCCAAAAUGGCUAAGUGAAGUAAUGCUAUCCACAUAUUCAGUGACAAUUGUAUAUGGACUAUGGGUUGUAUAGACGGGUGGUGUUAAUGUUUGUUGCUUUGUUUACAGUUAUUGUCUUUAAUUACACAACAAUUUCUUGAAUUUGAGAUAUAGAACAUUUAACUGUAUUUUAUCAUAUUUUAUAUAUUGUUAUACAUGUAUUCAUGUUUUAUGAAAGUUUUAUUAAAACAUUUACCCCUAAAAGAAGAUUAUUAAUAAUAUCUGAUUGCUUUACUAGAAAUAUUUUGUUGUUAAAUUUUUUUCUACAAAACUCUGCUGUUUUUUUCAUUAUUUCAUAAACAUUGAUAUUAUGGCAGUUUACCUUUUGUUUAUAUUCUGUUAAUGUUAAAUUCAAAAUUUACUUAAUGAAAGAAAUUGAUUAUUUGUUUUUUAAUUUGACCUUGUUGCAAAACAUCCUUUUGCAUAUUUUGAAUUUUUACUUGCAAAUAUUGUCCAAAACUACCACAUUUUGUUUAAAACAUAAAUAUGUUUCAAAGAUGCUGCUUGUUUUAAACAGACUGGUGUGGUUUUAACUUCAUACAAUAACAUCAGAUAUAGGGGUCAAUCUACGAUGAUGACUUACCAUAAAAUGCAGUUCCCUGGCCACUUGUGAGGUAAAUAAUUAUAUCUUAAUAUCAUGCUGAAUAUAAAAGAUUGGGAGAAACACGUUUCAAUGUUUCAAGAAGCAAAUCACAUCUGUUAUGUCAUCUGAUAGGAAAACAUUGACACAUAGGUUUGACAUGUUGUAGACACAGCUACUGUAUGCAACUUAUGUUUGUUUGAUAACUAAAUGAUCUGUUCACCUGAUAUCACAAGAAUUGGCAAAUUCGCCAGAACACAGUUACACAAUAAGAGGAAGCAAUAUGAAGACUGCUUAAAUAAAUUGUGAAAGGAGGAUUUUCACAUCCAAAUUUCUAUGCCAAUGAAUUUUCUUAAAAUAUGUAGAAUUUUAAAAUGAACUUGGGUUUGACUCUUGACUGAUAUGUUAAGUUUGGUUCUUGUUUUAUAUAAGAAUCCCAAUUUAGUACUACUCUUACAACCACAACCCUGCUGUACUAUUAUUAAAUACUUUGAUGUGUUGCUACAUUUUCUUAGAGGUUGUUUUAGUCUUUCAUCCAACAUAAAAGAGAAUAAUGAUUUUCUAUCUGUAGGAUUUCCAUAAGAUUUAUACUUAGAAAUGACAUUUUGAUGAUAAUUAUAUUUUGUAUGGUAUGACAGUAUUAAGUCAUUAGGACUGUGUAUACAAUCAGUACAAGUGUAUGCUAUUUGGUUAUUGGUUCUCACCUACAUCUCCAAGUUUUUGUUUGUUAUUUGUUUUUUUUACCCUGCUUCAAAGUAGCUGACUGAAAUAUUUGUUGAAAGGGUUGUUAUUACUUGUAAAAUAAGGGAGGUAACUUUAGAAUUAAAACAGGGUAAUGGUAUACAAUGUAGAAUCUUAGAGAAGUGUAGCAAAGUAAGGGUUUGUUUGUAGAGGUUGUAGAUGUUAACAUGUACUGUUACACUGUAUAGUUUCUGUACCAAAGAAAAGUCAAGUUUCAACACAAUAGGGGUUAGAGUUUAUUUUCUGUAGUUUUGCCUGGUAUAGGGUAUUAUCUGCUGUUACAUGAAAUAGUGAUUGUCUUUGUGUUUGUUGUUUUCUAAAACUUUGUUAAUGUCAAUUAAUCCACGUUCUUUGAUUAUGUUCACAUGGCAAUAUCCAAAAUAGUACUGUUGGUAUAUAUUGCUACAUGAAUUCUCCAUGAUAUUGCAGAUCAAACUUGCUAUGUUUUCUUGCAGUUCUGCAACAGAGCAUCAUAAUUUGCAGGAAACUUAUGUGGCUGAAAUGAAAUUCAUUUGUGAAAAUAUAAUGCUUACAACAUUCAGUUUUUCAUAUGAAUUUUGAAAAGUUGUGAGACAGAUAUUUGUGCCUUGUUUUUUAACAACAUUACUGAACUUAUUUUUAGGUGUUAUACAUUUGGAUUUCUUUAUAUUUUUCCUAUGAAUGAUGCUUGACUCUGAUUUGAGGUCUUUCUCUAUCAUAUUCUAUCUUUAUUUAUUUGUUUCUCUUUUACAUAAGAUUAGAAAUAUAUGUCAUUGAUUAAUUUGCUCUGUAAACUUAAAGGAUUUGUUGAAUUAGAAAAAUUAAUUUAAAUGGUAUUUGGUUUUUAAAAUGAUGUAAGAAAAAGAAAAUUGCAGAUGAAUUAUUUCUUACAUGUGAACAUGCUCUUUGUAGAUUCUUUAAAAUGUUCAGCCUCCCCUACCUCUAGUCUAGUGAUUACACCAUGUCUAUAUAUCUGCUACGGACAUCUCGUGAUUUCCCCUACCUGUAACGUCUUAUAUUAAAUUUUAUACGUGAUAUUGACCCAGAUGUAAUGCCUUAUAUUUCCUACUACUAGAGAUUACAUGUACAAUCCAAUGGUUGUAUUUGGUUAAAUUGGCAUUAGACUGAUAAGUUGCAUUUCAUAUGAUUUAUAUAAUGAUUGGCAUUGUGUAUGUAAAGUUGAUAUUCACGCCAAAUUAUUGCCUUUUUUUUCAUUUUGGUUCAAAAAUUUAUGAUAUUAAUUGAUUUGAUGAAAAAUGACUUUAAUUAAUUAAUACAUGAUAUAAAAUUAAUUUAACUGAUUAAAUGUUGACAUUUUAAAAUUUUCUUCCAUAAAAAUAAAUCUGGAUUUAUAAGAUCUUUCUUAGGAUACUCUGUAAAUGAAUUGUGAUGUUAUUUCUUUUUCUAUAGUUAUUAAGAUAAUUUGUUUUUAUAUAAGUUUAUCUCCAACUCUAUAGAAUUCUAUGUUGAAAACAAUUUGCUGUAGUUUAUGAUAUCUAGUUCAUGGUAUUUGCUGUGAUUGUCCAAGUCUAUUUUCUCCCCAAUAACGUAAAAGAUGGGUGAGAGGAUUUUUGUAAUUCACAUAGAUCUUUACUUUCUUACUCUUUAUAGUUAAUAUUUAUUCUUUAAAGAUAAAAUUUCUGAUAUUAAGUACAUUUCCUGUUGUGUACAAGUGUCUUUCCCGGCAUGUAAAUGUUUAUAUCAAUUUAAAACUAUUUUGUAGAUUAGAUAUAUAUAUAUACCGAUUGUAAAUGUUUAACCAUUAGAUACUUAUGUACAUUUGUGUCUUUUAUAAUUUGUUGUCUUAAAUGUGUAUAUGUACAUAAUAUAUGUGUACAUGAUAUAUAACUUUCCGUCAUUAAAAUCAUACAGGAAGCCUUA